CUUCCCUUCUUAUAUCUACUUGGAUACGUCCGUGGUUCGCUGUUGAGUCUGCUGGGCAUCACGCAGUUUAGGGUACGCAAAAAUGACUUUCCUUAUGCGAUUUUUUUCUUUAAUUGUCAAUGUCUUGUGCUUGCCCCUUCAUCUGAUCGAAGCGGUCGGUCUGUAUCGACUAUACAAACGUUUCUUCCCGGUGUUUUUAUAUCGUUGCUCUGUACUUUACAACAAGAAAAUGCACGACAAGAAGAAGGAGCUUUUUCGCACCCUCACAGAGUUCAGAAAGGCUGGCGGGCAGCUCACACUUCUGGAGAUCGGCUGCGGCACGGGCACAAAUUUUCAGUAUUAUCCACCUGGCUGCAAGGUUAUCUGCACUGACCCGAACCCCCAUUUCCAGAAUUAUCUGAAGACAAGCAUGGGCCAGAAUGACCACCUCACAUAUGAGAGGUUUGUUGUGGCUUCCGGAGAGGACAUGGGGUCAGUUGAGAACGAUUCGGUAGACGUUGUUGUCUGCACCCUGGUGCUCUGCUCUGUCAACAGCAUACCGCAAACUCUGCGUGAGGCUCACCGCAUACUGAGACCAGGUGGAGCCUUCUAUUUCAUGGAGCAUGUUAUGGCAGACCCCUCGACUUGGUCAUACUUUUUCCAGUAUGUUCUCCAGCCCGUUUGGUACUACUGUGGUGAUGGUUGCGAGCUGACCCGGGAAACAUGGAAAUAUCUGGAGUCAGCUGGAUUCUCCAAACUCAACUUGAAACACAUCCAAGCGCCACUCAACUUCUUAAUGAAACCACACAUUGUAGGCUAUGCUGUAAAAUAGAAAAAUAAAAAUAGUAAAAUAAAAAAAAAGAAUAGUCUGAUUUAGCUUUGUAGGAAACUCCCCUAACAAUCAAUGUGUUUAUAUGCCAAUCACUAAAUGCCUCUGUGAUAAUAUUUUGACCAAUGAUAGAGAUAACACCAAUCACUUUGAUACUAAUUUUAUUUUUGUAUUGAAAAAUCAUUCUGUCUCUGUGUCAAACUAUUUUGACAGUGAAAAACCAUCUAACCUAGACAGCACAGUGCUAAUUCUGCAUGUAGUUUAAGUGGAGAAUAUACCUUAGUGUUUAUUUCACCUUCUGUGUGUACUUCCCCAUCCUCAUGUUGCUUGCUGAGAAACAUAAAUCAGUAUCAUAUUACCAUAAGGAAUUUCUGUCAGUGUUGAUCAGUGUCCUGUUAUUUACAAAAUAUCGUUGUUCUUGCAUAAUGACAAGAAAAAAUCUUGAAUCUUGUUGCUCGAUUCAUCCAUACAUUUUAUGACCGCUGUGACACUAAAAAGACCUGUUUUAUGAUGUGAUUAACUUGACUGUUUUUUUGUGAUUAAAGAGUUAAAUCCUGUGACAUGA